AUGGGAGAAGGGGGGCCCUGCAAGCUGAUGGUGGGGCCCGUCUCAGGAAGUGUUUAUCAGAAAGGAGAUAUAGUGAUCGGAGGUCUGUUUCCUGUGCAUGUGAGGGCACCACAGCCUGAGACGGAGUUUGAUAGCAUCAGGUUAAAUGCUACAUGCUCUGUUUUUAACCAGCGAGCAUACCGCUGGCUGCGCACCAUGGUUUUUGCAGUGGAGGAGAUUAACAGUGACCCUCACCUCCUACCCAACCUGACACUGGGCUAUCUGGCAGCAGACACCUGCCUGGCUGAGAGCACCACGCUCUCCACAGCCUUGACCAUGGUGACCGGCCUUCAGGUUUCUAGAGCCGGCGACGGAUGCCAAUCUGCCGCUGCUGUCCCAGUUAUCAUUGGGGACGCAAGGUCCUCCUCCUCCAUGGUUAUUGCAGACACUCUCGGGGUGUUUGAUGUACCAAUGGUGAGUUAUAUGGCUUCAUGCGUGUGCUUGAGUAAUAGUGUGAAGUACCCCCGAUUCUUCCGCACAAUGCCCAGCGAUGCCUUGCAAGCCCGGGCAAUGGCCAAGUUGUUGCAACUGUUAGGCUGGUCCUGGGUAGGCCUUGUCUCUGCAGACGAUGACUUUGGCAGGUUUGCCAUUCAGAUACUAACGGAGGAGCUCAGGGGAACUGGAGUAUGUGUUGCCUACCACCAAGUGGUUCCAAAGGGUUAUGCAAAGGAGAAAUUGAAAAGCAUGGUGGAGGCCAUUAAGAGGUCCUCUGCUAAAGUGGUGGUGACAUUUAUCAUCGGGCAGGAUGCAAAGGCCUUGAUGGAGGAGGUGGUUCUUCAGAAUAUAACAGAUAAACAGUGGCUUGCUAAUGACGCCUGGGUGACCCUAGCCGCCGUGUCUGCUGCUCACAACAUACCCUCUUUAGCCGGGACACUUGGAUUCGCUCUGCGCAAGGCUGACAUGCCUGGCCUGGGUUCGUUUCUCACUCAUAUACAUCCUACAAAACCCUCACCUCAUCCUGACCCAUUUAAGCCAGAACUGUGGGAAGCAGUGUUUGGAUGUUCAUUAAAUAUUAAAGGAAGAGCAAAAACUUCAAACCCUUGUUUGGGCUCGGAAGAGAUAGCUUUGGGGAAGAGUAUCUAUGCAGAUGUGGCCCAAUUGAGAGCAACCUACAAUGUUUAUAAGGCUGUGUAUGCUAUUGCUCAUGCUAUCAAGGAUAUGCUGGCCUGUUUGCCUGGAAGCGGGCUCUUAAUCAAUGGCCAGUGUCCUGAUGUCAUGAACUUUCAUCCCUAUGAGCUUUCUCAGUAUAUCGGACGUGUCAACUUCACCACACCAUUGGGGGAACAGUUAUACUUUGAUGAAAACGGAGACCCGCCUGCCUCUUUUGACAUUCUGAACUGGCACGUCACACCUCAGGGAAAAGUGGAGUUUGUCAACAUCGGCUAUUUUGUGUCGUCCGAAGGCUCAGGCGGCCGGUUUCACAUCGACAUGGACAGGGUUAUCUGGGGUGGAGGACAGGGAGAUAGGGUACCUGUGUCUAUAUGCAGCACACCUUGUCCUGCUGGUACAAGAAAGGCUGUGCAGAAAGGCCGACCGGAGUGCUGCUUUGACUGUGUGCGUUGUCCCGGGGGGGAAAUCAGCAAUGAAACAGGAUCGGUUGAUUGCAUUCGGUGUCCAGCGAGAUUUUGGUCGGAUUCAGAUAAUGCAGUCUGCCUGCCACAGCAGGUUGACUUUCUAUCCCAUAAUGACGUCAUGGGUAUAAUCCUGUCAAUUGUAUCUGUUGCUGGAGCAAUAAUGACUGCAGGCACCUUGACAACAUUCUUAUAUUAUCGAAACACACCGUUGGUACGAGCCAACAACUCUGAAGUCAGCUUCAUGCUCCUGGUGUCACUGAAGCUGUGCUUCCUGUGUGCCCUGGCCUUCAUUGGGCGCCCAGUGGCAUGGUCCUGUGCACUGAGACACACCCUGUUUGGGAUCAGCUUUGUGCUGUGCAUCUCCUGCCUGCUCAGCCGUACGGUGGUGGUCCUGGUGGCCUUUCGCUCCACGCUACCCGGGGAAAACCUCAUGCGCUACUUUGGGCCGGCCCAACAGAGACUUGGCAUCUCUUUCUGCACCUUGGUUCAGGUAUUGAUAUGUGUACUGUGGCUGGUCCUGGCCCCACCACAGCCUGCAGAGAGAGGUGUUCGGGAGAAUCGAGGACCCAAGAUAGUCCUUGAGUGUGACGUGGGCUCUGUGGUGGGCUUUGGUCUUGUGUUGGGGUACAUAGGCUUCCUGGCCUGCCUCUGUCUCCUACUGGCUUUCCUGGCUAGGAAACUACCUGACAACUUCAAUGAGGCCAAGCUCAUCACCUUCAGCAUGCUGAUCUUCUGUGCUGUCUGGGUGGCCUUCGUCCCAGCCUACAUCAGCUCUCCAGGGAAGUACACUGUGGCUGUGGAGAUCUUUGCCAUCCUGGCUUCUAGUUAUGGCCUGCUGCUUUGCAUCUUCGCUCCAAAGUGCUUCAUCCUCCUUCUAAGACCUGAGAGAAACACCAAGAAACACCUGAUGGCCAGAUAG